AUGAAGUGCUUUCUGCUCGUCGUGUUCCUCGGCCUUGCUGCCGCUGCCCCGUUGGAUGAUGACAAGAUUGUUGGUGGGUAUGAGUGUGCCAAGCAUUCAGUGCCCUGGAUUGUCUCCCUGAAUGUGGGCUGGCACAUGUGCGGAGGAUCCCUCAUCAGCCCUGACUGGGUAGUCUCUGCUGCUCACUGUUACACUAGUCAAAUCGAGGUCCGUCUGGGAGAACACAAUAUCGCGCAGUAUGAAGGGACCGAGCAGUUCAUUCGGUCUUCCAGAGUCAUCAGGCACCCUGGAUAUAACUACUACACUCUGGACAACGACAUCAUGCUGAUCAAACUGAGCGAACCCGCCAGAUUCAACCGGAACGUGGGAAGUGUCGCUCUGCCGAGCAGCUGUGCCACCGCCGGGGAAAGCUGCCUGAUCUCCGGCUGGGGAAGCACCAAGUCCGACAGUAAGGGACGGGUUCCACUCACCUGGGACGAGCUGCAGUGCCUGGAUGCCCCGGUGCUGAGCGAUGAAGCCUGUCACCACGCCUACCCCGGGAUGAUCACCCAGAGCAUGAUGUGCGUCGGGUACCUGGAGGGAGGCAAGGAUUCCUGCCAGGGGGAUUCCGGAGGGCCCGUGGUCUGUAACGGAGUGCUCCAGGGGAUCGUCUCCUGGGGAUACGGCUGCGCCGAGCGGAAUCACCCCGGAGUCUACACCAAGGUCUGCAACUACGUCUCCUGGGUUCACGCCACCGUCGCCAGUAAUUGAGGGCCCGGAGCUGGCUGCUCCCCCGCCCUCCGGGGAGCGCGGUUCGGAGUCACACUCUCUGCACCAUCUCCUCACUCUGAUUCCUCUGGACCAGGUCAUGGUUGGAUCAAUAAAAUCCAUCGCAAACA